CCGAGCACACCAUGAGAUCCCCCUCGCCCUUGCUCCCACUUACUGAACAGCCCUUGCUGCGCCGACGACCUGGCAACAUUUUGCUGCAAGAGGCUCUUUGCACAGUGGGUUUGCCGCUUCUGUUGUUUGCCCCAUGGUAUUAUGAAAUGGUUCUAUGCCUUGCAUCUGGUGAGCCACCUUUUUCCGCAUGGUCUCCGCCCAGAUCCAAUGCUUCGCACGGCUCUGGUGGCUUUGUCACGAAGAGCCUCAUGGAUUUGGGCUGUGGAUUCGCUCCAGGCCUUGCAAUCGCUUCACGCGUGCUGGACGAUCGCGCCGUCGUUUUUGAACUCGAUUCUCAGUGCUUUGGACAAAGCUGCCCGAUGGCGUUUGGCAUUGGAUUCCGUGGGCUGGAUGACCUUGAGGCAGAUCAAGCUUGAUGCCUGCAGUUUCAACACAGUUUUAAGCGCAUGCCGUCGGCAGGACUGGAUUCGGGGGUCUUCCUUGCUUGCAAUCUUUGCAACGAGGUCCACGAGAAUAGACAUGGUGACCUGCAGCACAGCCAUCAGCUCCUAUGCCGAUGCCACGCAAUGGCGUAAAGCAACGUUUUGCAUGUUUAGCAUGCAGCAAAAAGCUCUACAGGGAAAUGACGUUGCACGAAGCGCUGCAGUGCACUCUUGUCGGGCAGACGCCAGUUGGCAGCGGGCCAUGUCCUUGGCUGGUGCUCUUCAAUUGUCAGCUGGCUACCGUGCAGUGAUCAACGCAUUAAUGGCCAAGUGUCAGAAACACAACUCCUGGGAGCUUUCUGCAUUUUUUCUCAGCCAAUUGGAAGACACGAAGCCGAUGAGUUAUACCAUUGUCAUGGGUGCCUCUCCAUGGACUUUCACACUGAGGCUUCUACACAGAAUGCGCGACGUCAGUGUCCUGGUAGAUCCUGUUAGCGCAAAUGCAGCCACAAGCGCCUUAGAAGAGGGAAGUGCAUGGAGAGGGUCGCUGUCCCUCAUCAAAGGUGCACACUUCACUCGGCUCUUGCUGGGUACGCCUGCUGAAGCAGUUCGGAUUUCUGCUGUGAGCCAUUCUGGUCUUUGGCAAGCUGCUUUGGAGAACAGAGGCAAUAUGGUCAUUGCAACAGUUGCAACACAAGUGAUUUGCAAUGCUAUGGUUGCUGCAUGCGAGAGGGGCAGGUCUUGGAAGUGGAGUGUGGCAGUUGUGCGUACCAUGCCAGCUCUUGCCAUGAGCACCGAUGAGAUUGGUUACAACUCGGCCAUCACAGCUUGUUGGAGGGCCAGGUGGAGAUGGCGGGGGCAGUGGGCAGCAGGAUGAUUGGGAUAUAUUGGGAUUCUGAAGGCAAUGGCCUGAAGCAUUGUAUUUGGUACAAGCCUUGGAACGGUCAAAUGGAUUAGAUUUGGCGAGCUGCUUGCUGGCACUUGUGGCGCUGGAGGCUGCAGGCAAAUGGAAGCUUGUCGCAGGCUGCUCUGAAGCGGUAGGUCAAACACUUUUUGGAAUGUGGAGCAGCCGAGAGUUGAAUCCCAGCCGUCUUGACCGCAGAAGCCCAGAUGUCGUUUAGAAACUGGUUGUGCAGCCUGUUUAUGAGGAGGCCUUUGUAGCAUGCGCUUCAAUUUUUGGUGUUCUAUGUUUGAUUUGGACAUCCGGAUAUCUUGGUAGAACCUUCGGGCCUUCAACCGGCCUGCACGUUCGUGUGGACAUCCAGAUGAGUGAGAAACCCCACUCUUUCUUUCAGAUUGGCUUGGAAGGACAUUUUGAAUCUGAAUUAGUUGAUGCAGACACUUGUGGCUGUGUGCCAAGAAAUGCCAAGACUGAAAUUGGAGCUGCUCCUGAUAGUUCUUUAGCUAUUUUCUUGGCGUCGCCUGCCAAAGGCGGCUUCCGGGCUUCGUCUGUCGUCUGCCACGGGGCACCGGGCCGCUGCGAGCAGCCGAG